AGGGCGUAUGAGGAAGUCGGCGCAGUGGACGAAAAAACUAAGCCGUGGAUCUUUUUACGCACGCACAAUCCCAAACCAUGCCUGCAAAAAAAGUCUGCAUCGUCGGAUCUGGCAACUGGGGUUCGGCCAUCGCCAAAAUCAUCGGGCACAAUGUGAAAGCGUCUAACCGCUUCAACCCGGUGGUGAACAUGUGGGUUUACGAGGAGAUCAUCGACGGGAGGAAGCUAACCGACAUCAUCAACACUGAACAUGAAAACGUCAAGUACCUGCCCGGUCACAAACUGCCCCGGAAUGUGGUGGCAGUUCCGGACGUCGCAGAGGCAGUGAAGGGAGCGACUAUCCUGGUGUUUGUCAUCCCUCACCAGUUCAUCAGCAAAUUGUGUGACCAGAUCAAGCCUCACAUAACAGAGGGCACCAUAGGGAUAUCUCUUGUAAAGGGCAUUGACGAAGGGCCAGAUGGGCUUAAACUCAUCUCUGACAUCAUUCGUGAGAAGCUGGAGAUAGAAGUGAGCGUUCUGAUGGGCGCUAACAUCGCCAGCGAGGUCGCAGAGGAGAAGUUCUGUGAGACCACCGUUGGCUCUAAAAAUGCGGCCAGUGGAGUGAUAUUCAAGGAGCUUUUCCAGACGCCGAACUUCCGGAUCACGGUGAUAAAGGAGUGCGACACUGUGGAGCUGUGUGGAGCGCUCAAGAACAUAGUGGCGGUGGGAGCAGGCUUCUGUGACGGCCUGGGCUUCGGAGACAACACCAAAGCCGCUGUGAUCCGUCUGGGGCUCAUGGAGAUGGUGGCCUUCGCGAAGAUGUUCUGCACCGGAGAAGUCAACUCCAGCACCUUCCUGGAGAGCUGCGGAGUGGCCGACCUCGUCACAACCUGCUACGGAGGGAGGAACCGGAAGGUGGCAGAGGCCUUCGCAAAGACUAACAAGUCCAUCACUGAGCUGGAGGCGGAGAUGCUGAACGGGCAGAAGCUCCAAGGUCCACAGACGUCUGCUGAGGUCUACAAGAUCCUGCUCAAGAAGGGCCUGGUCAACAACUUUCCACUGUUUGUCGCUGUGUACCAGAUCUGUUUCGAGGGCAAAGAGGUGAAAGAGUUCAUCACGUGUCUCCAGAACCACCCAGAGCACAUGUGAAAAUACACCUUUUAUAUGCAGUACAGAGAUUAAUUAUAAAAACUAAAACCAAACUAUAUUUAAACCACAAUCUCUGCCAUUUUUCUCAGGACCAAAGCAAAUUCUCCUGCAAUGAUUGUUUACAACCACUAGAGGGAGGUGUAGUUUUAUAAUUCCCCAAACGCACAAUAUCCUGAAACAUCUCAGCACUUUGACUUUAGACUAUUUAUGUCAACAUUUUAUUAUGUUUUACAAAAAAUUCAGAAGUGCCUUGAUUGAUUCAUGCUCUUUGAUAGAAUUUUGAAUAUAAUUUUGUGUUGCCAUGUCAAAAUUUACCAAUGUAUAAAUUUAGUUAAGUAAUUGUUAGAAUAUUUUUUAACACUAUGAUAAAUAAAUCCAGUUAAAACAUUUGGUUGUUUUUUUAAUUUUUUUUUUUAUAACUGUUACUUAAACUACAGCUGCAUAACUACUACUACUACUACUACUAACUAUUGCUACUACUGUAAAUACUAUACUAAAUAUAGCACAUAUUAAACUAUUGAGUAUAACAUAAUGAUGCCUCUACUUACACUAGCUGCAGUACCAUGACUAGUACUAAUAGGCCUACUGUUAAUAUUGAUACUGCAAUAUACCUAACAUCUUUACUCCAAAUAGUUCCUCUACUGCUGCUAUUACUACCACUACUACUAUUACUACUACUACUGCAUAGUUAACGUUUACACUGCAAAUAAUCAUGUUCUAUUCUAGAUAAUAUUAUAAUUUCACUGUAUUUUAUUGAGUGAGUAGAUAAACUGCCUGGCCAAAAAAAAGUCGCCAUCUGGAUUUAACUAAGCAAAUAAGUACGAGUCAGGUCUAGGUUCAGCAACAGUCUGCAAGCAGUGUAGAUUAGAAUUAGUUUAAAAAAAACAAAGAAGAAGCUUGUUUACGUUGCUACAUGUUCCAUUUCUUCAACAUUUGGGUAAGGCACAUCAUCAGAAAAAAUUACACACUGACCAAUGACCCCAUCCCCAUAAGACACGAACCCUGUCUGAAAGAAUAGUUUUAAACAAGUUCAUUCUAUGGUGGAAUCCUGUCAUGAUUAGCAUGUGAAUCCUGCUAGUCAGAUGUACAGAGAGAGGUCAGGAAGGAAGGAAAAUAGUGAGUGACCUUUGACCUUUAACCUUCUCAUGUCAGACCAUAGCAGACCAGGCAGAUGUGGGGUCAUCCUAAACUUGAACUUUGGCUAAAUAUGUAUGUGGACAAGCCUGGUUAACUAAAUCCCACCAACAAAGGCAGUUUUUGGGACCAAUAUUUACAUUCGAAAGUGGGCCUAGUAUUGAACCUUGUGGGAUCCCUUCACAUUUUCGAAAGGGUAGAUGAAUAUAGCAUUAAUUUGCUUUGAGUACCUGAAAUCUAAAUAGCACUAUAUACAGUUAAUUCAAGACAAUAUUAUUAUUAUUUUUAUGAGCAACAAAAAAAUCUAUAACUUCUAGUGGGUAAUUGUUAUAACACAAAUAUAUACUGUUUUUAUUUGUUAACUGAAUGUUGACUAAUGUACCUAACACAGUUUUUAUUGUUGUUGUUCCAUUAAAAUUUUGAGAAACUGU